AAACACUACGUCAUUAUUACAAAUGGCGGACGCUGUAAACAAGGCAGAGGAAUACAAGUUUUAGCUAGCUAGCCAGCUAGCUACAUGUUUACUACAAAAUGAAUAGCAUAGACUGCGAGCGUUUGGACAGCUUGGACGGCUGGGUCGCCAUCAAAACUAACAUAUUCGAAGAAAGCGAGACGUUCAAGCUCGGUUUUAUCGUGCAGUGGAAUGUUAUCGAGUCCAAGUUCGCUGUCACCUGUCACAACAGAACUCUCCAACGACAGAAGCGCAAAGACCAGCUUGCUGUCUGCGAAACCGAAACCAGCUGGGCCGGACUCUUCUCUGUUAACGAUUUAAAAAAUGUCCACCGUCAGUUUACAGGGGUCGGGGAUGUCGUCGCACCCUAUUUCCCCGACCUGUCAGAUUUCAAGGAGGGUAACAUUUGGGACAUGAUCUUUCUCAGCAGCAAUCGGAAGUCCAACCAAGAUGACCAAGAGAGAGAUCUGGAUACACCUUGCCGUCAGCUGGAGAAGUACUUCAGCACUGCGAUAGAUAUCUGUGGCAGGAAGAUAGUGAUGGACUCGCUUUUCCCGCAGGACGAGCGAGAUGUGGAGGAGUACUUUGAGAACAUGCAGGAGUUUAAGAGGAAAACCAUGCAGGAUGAAGUCACCAGGGCUAAGGAUCACCUUAGAAAGAUCCUACAGAGUCAUGGAGGUGCAGACAGAAUGAUCCUACUGCUGCAGCUCUACGACGACGAGGACCUAGCCUACCAGGACCUGGUCACCGUAGCAACCACCUUCUACCAGUACCUGCUACAACCCUUCAGAGACAUGAGAGAACUGGCUGGGCUCUACAAGAUGGAGAUACUGAAGUCUCUGGAUGAGGAGGAGCUGGGUCCUAAGAGGAUAGCAGCACUGGAGAGAGAGGCGGAGGAGUGGAGGAGGAGAGGAGAGGAUGCUGUCUCCUCCAUACAGGACAUCACCGUCAGCUACUUCAUAGAAACAUCCAAAGCCCUCGGAGGUAUGCUGCGUGUGAUGGAGGAGGAUAAGCGUGGUUUUGGCCAGGCCUCCUGGGCCUCAGCAGCUCCUAGACUGGAGAAGCUGCGUUUCCUGCUGGCUAAAGAGACCCUGCAACACAUGAGAGCUACUGAGAUGUGUCUGCACCGCAAGAAGCACACCAUCAGAGAGAAGAUGGGAGGUCUGUCUGGGCAGGACCAGAGUGGACCAGAGACGGUAGAUAAUCUAGAACUUCAGUACUAUGAGGCUCAGCUAGAACUCUACGAUGCCAAGUUUGAGAUCCUCAAGAACGAAGAGCUUCUAUUGGUCGCACAGAUCGCCACCCUGCGACGCCAGAUCAAAGAGCUGAAAGAGGAGGUGGUGUAUUAUGAUGUGUGUGAGGAUCCAGAGGAGCUCCAGAGCCUAUCACAGACAGCUGCACCUUUAGACCCCGCCCACUCACCUGUCAAUCACCUGGGGCGACGCCUACAGCAGCUUGAAGCCAAGAGAGGGAACAUCUGUGCCCGCCGCGCAUACCUCCGCAACAAGAAGGAUCAGUGUGUGGAGACUAAUGAACAGAAGCUCCGUGCUGCCCAGCACAGCUCCACUCACUUUACCCAGCACCACGCAGUAGCCCUGAAGAGAGAGAUGAGGAAAGAGGAGGAACGGAGGAGGAAGGAGUGGGUGGACCAGGAGAGAGAGAGCACCCUGAGUAGACUACGCUCCUUCAGAGAGAAGCGACAGGGCAGUUAUGUCCUGAAGACUCCACGAUCCAAGAUGGCUGCCAGGGAGCCACCAUGUUCCGACCCCUCCCAGCCUCUGUCAAUCAUUAGCAUCGACCCCUGCCCUUCAUCUAAUGGGUCCGCCCCCAGAAAGACCCCCAGGAAACUCAAACCUAAAGACAUCCCCAUCCAAAUCUUCACUCCUCCUCUUCCUCCUCCUUCGCCUCUCCCAACUACACCUCCCACUACAGCUGUACCCCCACCUCAGACCUCCUCUCCUCCCCCUCCUCCUCCUCCUCCACCCCUCCCUCCCCCUCCUCCCCCUCCACCCCUCCCUGCCCUCACCCCCUCCCCCUGUAAGACAGAGGUAGGGGACUCCCCCAUGCCUCUCAGUGAGAGAGAGGCUGCUCCCUUCCCUGCCAAAAAGACCCUCAAACAGAACAUAGGUUCUAUGGAUGAGGUGUUGGCAUCAUUACAGCGUGGUCAGGUCAGGCUGCAUCGUGUCCAGCCCCCUCCUGGUCCUGGCCUGGCGCCUUCUGGUGGCGACCUCAGGGAUAACAUAAUGUCUGCCAUCAGACUGGGGGUCAAACUACGCAAGGUGGUUCCAGCAGUGCCCCUGCCCCAGGACAGUAGAGACACAGAUCUGCAGAAGAGCAUCAAGGCCGCCAUGCAGAGGAUGAAGAGGGUCUCCUCCGACUCGGAUGAUGAAGAUGAGCAGAGAGGAGAGGACAACACGCCCUCCACUGAGUGGGACAGCUGAGGGAGGAGAGGAGACAUAUGGACACGCACCUGGACACACACACUAAUCCACACACACAUACGCAUGGACACAUCCAUAGAACAGACGUAUAGACACACACACACACACACACACACGUACAAAUCAAAACAUUCACUAAUCAAUAGGUUAACCAUAUUGCCAAUCUUUUGAUUUUGUGAUUCUGCAGGUUUACUGUUUGAUUUAAAGCUUGAUCCAUAGAGAAGAGAUCUUAUCUUAAUAAGUCUCUUGCUCAGCCACCCUGGAGAUGUUUAACUAAAGCACUGUGCGCAAAUAUCCACCACCUGUUACCAGUGUUCAAGGCUACAGGCUCUUUCUUUCGCUAAGGUUUGAAACUAGCUGUUUUCGUGCUAAAAAGCUCCCACAGAUUCCAGAUUUAAAGAAUUACUGUGGGUACACUUGUGUAGUCUUCUGUUUGCAAAUUAGCCUGAAGACUGGACAUUGAAGUGUCCAACUGCUUGAGUGAGUGUGACAGAGAGUAAGAGAGAGUGUGUGAGAGAGAGAGAGAGAGUGAGUGAGUGAGAGAGAGAGAGAGAG